GGAAUCUCAUAUAUAGCCACCACUCAGACUUGAGACUGCCGCUACAUUAUCUCUUUGCGUUUUCACGCUCGCGGGCUCUCGCCUAAUGCAAGCUGCAUUGCCUGCUAUGGCGGCCCUCACUGUUCUGUCGUCUUCACCCCUUCUGACUCAACUUUCUCUGUUCGAAAGUCAUAACCCACCUCUUCAGUCUUCCUUCCAUGGCGUCUCCCUCAAGCUCAAACCAUCUCCUCUCUCCCUUGCCCUUGCCACGGCCCCCUCUAAGCCUCUUUUCGUCGCCGCUGCCUCCAAGAAAGCCGUGGCUGUCCUCAAAGGCAAUUCCGCUGUCGAAGGUGUCGUCACGUUGACCCAAGAAGACGAUGGCCCAACAACAGUUAAUGUUCGAGUUACUGGCCUUACUCCAGGACCUCAUGGUUUUCAUCUACAUGAGUAUGGUGAUACCACAAAUGGAUGUAUGUCAACCGGAGCACAUUUUAAUCCUAAUAACAAGACACAUGGCGCUCCUGAGGAUGAAGUCCGUCAUGCGGGUGACCUGGGAAACAUAGUUGCUAAUGCUGACGGAAUUGCAGAGGCAACAAUCACAGAUAAUCAGAUACCACUUAUUGGCCCCAAUUCAGUUGUUGGAAGAGCCCUUGUGGUUCAUGAGCUUGAGGAUGACCUCGGGAAAGGUGGACAUGAACUUAGUUUGACCACUGGAAAUGCUGGCGGAAGAUUGGCAUGUGGCGUGGUGGGUUUGACUCCAGUUUAAUUUGAAUGCAAAAUGGUGCUAGAAGCAGCCGUGGCAUUUUAUCCUUUGUUUGCUUACUAUAGCCUCACGUGCAUGUAUUGGAGACUAUGUGGGACAUGAUAUGUGCUUAUGAAGCUGGGUGUGAAAUUGAAUAACUAAACAUGCAUUGGUGUUUGGUCAGAUUGUUAUAAUCCUUUAUGUGCGUCCUCCACAAUAAAAUUGACUUCUCAUGUACUCCUUUUUGGCUGCCUUUGAAUGAAUCUGACGUUUAAAUCCUUAUUAUAU